AUGCGUGAAAUCGUCCAUCUACAAGCUGGGCAAUGUGGCAACCAAAUCGGUGCCAAAUUCUGGGAAAUAAUUUCCGAUGAACAUGGCAUCGAUGCUACCGGAGCCUUCAGGGGGGAUUGCGGUGAUCUUCAAUUGGAGCGAAUCAACGUUUACUACAAUGAAGCAUCCGGUGGCAAAUAUGUACCACGAGCUGUAUUGGUAGAUCUCGAGCCAGGAACUAUGGAUUCUGUGCGUGCCGGGCCCUUUGGUCAGCUGUUCCGUCCGGACAAUUUUUCGUUCGGUCAAUCCGGUGCGGGAAAUAAUUGGGCCAAAGGCCAUUACACGGAAGGUGCAGAAUUGGUAGAUUCUGUUCUGGAUAUUGUACGUAAGGAAGCCGAAGCGUGCGAUUGUCUACAGGGGUUUCAGCUCACACAUUCGCUUGGUGGUGGAACCGGAUCCGGAAUGGGAACGCUGCUUAUAUCGAAAAUUCGCGAAGAGUUUCCGGAUCGCAUAAUGAACACCUUCUCGAUCGUACCUUCUCCGAAAGUGUCCGAUACAGUAGUCGAGCCAUACAAUGCUACGCUGAGCGUACACCAACUGAUUGAAAAUACGGAUGAAACGUACUGCAUCGACAACGAAGCACUAUACGACAUAUGUUUCCGUACUCUGAAGUUGACAACGCCAACGUAUAGCGAUCUGAACCAUCUAGUGUCAGCGUCCAUGUCUGGUGUCACAACGUGUCUUCGCUUUCCCGGUCAGCUAAACGCGGAUCUCCGUAAGCUGGCAGUGAACAUGGUACCAUUUCCGCGUUUGCAUUUCUUUAUGACUGGGUUUGCGCCGCUUACUUCCCGUGGCGCCCAGCAGUAUCGUGCCCUAACGGUGCCUGAACUGACCCAGCAGAUGUUCGAUGCCAAAAAUAUGAUGGCGGCAUGCGAUCCCCGUCACGGUCGCUAUCUAACGGUCGCUGCCAUCUUUCGCGGUCGUAUGUCGAUGAAGGAAGUCGACGAACAGAUGAUGAAUACGCAGACCAAGAACAGUAGCUAUUUUGUGGAAUGGAUCCCAAAUAACGUAAAAACAGCGGUGUGUGAUAUUCCUCCACGUGGGCUUAAGAUGUCCUCUACAUUCAUUGGAAACUCCACGGCAAUUCAGGAGAUUUUUAAGCGCAUUGCCGAACAAUUUACAGCAAUGUUCAGACGCAAGGCAUUCCUCCAUUGGUAUACGGGCGAAGGAAUGGAUGAGAUGGAAUUCACUGAGGCGGAGAGUAAUAUGAAUGACCUUGUGUCGGAGUACCAACAAUAUCAAGAAGCUACGGCCGAUGAGGAAGGCGAAAUGGACGAGGAGGAGGAAGGAGGCGAAGAUUGA